AUGACCUGCAGGGGAGGACGAGGCUACCUCAAAGACCUGCGAAGCCUCUACCUCAAUAUCGGAGACUCAACCAAUGAGCAAGCGAGCAUCUCCUCGGUCUGUGGAGGCAAGCUUGAAAUCCUGCUCACUCCAAGCGAGGAUAAUCGCUUCCGACAACUAUCCGCGUACUCCGCCCGAGAUCCGCUUCCUCACACCAAUUUUUCAUUCAAAUAUUACCCAAAUGGGGGCUGCAUUUGCCUCAGCAUAAUGGAUGACUGGAACAGUUGUUGCAGUUUCCUCGACGUCAUCAAGGCGGUCCUCUUUCUCCUCGCCAAUCCAAAUUUUGACAGUGCCAAUAACUCAUUCGGUUACUUAUCCGCAGAGUAUAGGGACAGUUUCGAAGAGGUGUGCAGGCAAUUUCUUGCCGGAUUUCCCAUCAAGGGUGAGGUCUACCCGGCAAACGAGAAGUGGUGUGAGUGGGCACGUGCAAACAACUGCUUUCCGGUGUCUAAGCGGAAUCAGAGUGGAGAUGAAUCGCCACCUCCCAUUCAGUUUACUCCGGAUGUGAGUGGACCAUUUAUUUUCCAUAUUCCUACUUUCUGCUCCCUCAGUGUUUCAUUUACUGACUCUGACAGUCGACUUGGGUUGAGCUCGUGUGCGUGCGUGAAGUACAGCUAG